AUGGCGGACGACAAUUCCGAGCCUGGCGCGCCGACGCCCCAAGCCGCCGACAAGGCAUCAGAUCGCGUAGCUUCGAAGAGCGUUGCAGUACCCGAGAAUGCCGUUUCCGCGGCGAAGCAGCUCGAUCGCAUAAUCCUGCGAUUGAACAAACUCCUAGCCACUCCCGGCGGCCUCAGCGCCUUCCUCUCCACCUUCAACUACACCCUCUACAUCCUCGCGUACCUGCAACCCAAGCUGCCCUCCCUCGCCGCCCAUCUAAGUAGCCUCCUCGCCCGUCUCAAUCCCUCCAGCAUCUCCAAACUCCCCAUCACAAUCCUCGUAGCCGACGGCGCCGUCCCGCCGAUCGCCGCGCUCGCCGGCCUCAUCUCGCGCUGCCGCACAACGCUCCGCCUGUUCGGCUGCUUCCCGCUAUACGCAUGGCUGCGCACGCUACUCACCGGGCCGAAACCCGGCGCUGACGCGGUCCUCCAUCGGGUCGCCGUGCUACAAGCCAGUAGCUAUUUCACCUACCAAGCGCUGGAGAACAUCUCCGUGCUGGCAGACAACGGCGUAGUCCCCAAGUCCUUCAUCGCGCGGAUAAACCGGGGCGACAGCACAACGGCGCGGGUCUACCUGUGGGCGUACCGCGCGUGGCUGGGCGGCGUGAGCUGCGACUUCCUGCGUCUCGCGCGCGAAGCGCAGCUGGAGAACCGGAGACGGGCGGCGCGCAGGAAAAUGCGCGAGGAUGGCAGGGAGGUGGCGGUGUAUCAGGAAGAGGCGGAUCGGAAGGUGGAUGCGAAGUGGUGGAUGGAUUUGAUGAUUGCGACAGCGUGGCUGCCGAUGGCGUUGCAUUUUAGUAGUUCGACGGGCGGGCUGCCCGGGUGGAAUUUGGGCUGGAUGGGGGUUUGUGGGUUGGUUGCUGGGGGGGAGAGGUUUAGGGGGAUGUGGAGGGCGACGGUGUCGUAGGAAGUGUACGUGUGUUUGGCUGUGUAAUACGAGGCAUGGGAGAGCGCAUUUCGGUUUUCGGAUUUCAAUCGUCAUCGGUAAAAGAGCGGCGUUGUAUAGCUAGCGCGCAAAAGUACAUGUUGGCGCUUCCGAGCGUUCUAUAUCUUUCUAUCUCGUUCUACUCAUUCACACGAGCAAGAUCAGGCCGCAAAAGGAUGAAGGCCAAGGAUCAACUGCGCAGCAUCAUUCGUACCAAUUUAGAGCGGCGCUACAAGCGAUCAAUAGUCGCUCC